GUUACAUAUGUCUAACACGGCUGUGGUGUUUCCAUGUUUUGCUUGUUCUUUUCCAAUGUGCCUGCGGUGUUUGCUGAGGGAUGUGCCUGACGACGACAGGACACAGCCGAUUAAGAUGACCCGUCUGUCAGUUUGUUUCAUAUCAGUCCAUCUGUCCGUCUGUCUGCCUGCCUUUUGUUGCGGAGUGAACAGGAGAGCGGCUGUUGUUCGCCGCAGCUGCUGGCCUCUCACGGACUGUUCUGGAAACUGUGUUCUGGGUUUGGAGGGGCGGGGAGGGUCAGGUGAAAUGGGGGCAGAGAUAUCCACACAAUUUCUUUUGACACCGACACCCAGGCUUCGUCUGAGCUGAGAGCCAGACGGGCCGGCCUGCAGACUCAUUAACAUUCUUCAGCUCCAGAUCAGCCGGGCACUCAGGAGGAGUGACGGCUCAGGUGGAUCAGCACCUCUUUACCCAGAUUUGACCCUUUUUUUGUCACUGCUCAUGAUUAAUGAGCAUUUUAUAAUAUCUUUUUUUAAAAACAAUUAAUCUCAUAAUAGUAUGAGAGUUUGCGGGACGCUUAUGUUCCUUCAGGUAAGAAAGGAUAUAUUUUUUAAUGAAAAAAGAAAGAAAAAAACAGACAUAAAUGAUUCACAUUCUCAGAGAGUCACUGCUCUGUUCCUCUGGCCAAAAUAUGUGUUGUGUUGGCAACGGAAAAGUUGGUUUGGAGAUAAGGUCUCUAUUUAUCUGGAGAUGAGACCUCAUAGCGCCUGCUGCAUUCUUUUUAUUAUCUCAAUCUGUGCACGUGAACACAAUUUCAUUGUCUUCUUUGUUAGAAGACUAUUUUUAACAAAGCCUUAACAUACUGUACUGAUUUUUUAAAUUGUCUCAAAUGUUUAACUCUUAGUUUCCUAGAAGCCAGACUUUAUAUUUGUAAUUAUUUAAAAGGUCUUGAUCGGUAGUUUUUAGGCUUUCUGAGGGUCUUUCAAAGUUUUACUUUGGACUUYAGCUGCUUUAUCAUUCAUUUGCUGUCCAGUCUUUGUACCUGACCAUGACAACACAAAAAAUAGAAAAAUGGAAUAUAAAACAAGAGUCAGGCAUGAACACUUCAUUUCAAAAAAAUCCAGCAAAGAACCGGAGAGAUUCGUCCUGCUUCAGUUAAUCAUUGAUUGAAUGCCAAGGUUUUCAGCUCAUAGUUAUUUAGAAAUCACCUUCUUGAUGCUGAAAUGAUAUUUUAUGAGUCACAGUGGAUAAUCUUUGCUGCUUUUCAUAGAUUUGACAAAAUAAAAUGUGGACAAAAUGUGCUUUUAUGGGACGAAGUGCCUGAAGGUGUUGACUCAACACUAGUUCAUUCAUUGUUUUAGGAGUUUUUAAAUGGACAAAUUAUACAGAAAUAUAUUUGGCCGGAUUAAAGAUGUGUAUCUUUGAAAUAGUUAUCAGAUGUUUGUACCUUUCUGUUAGCCAUUAGCCUUGAUGAAGACUUUUACCAUUUAUUCCAUACUUGGUGCUCGACUCGCAGCCCCAAAAAAAUGAAAUAUAAAAUAAGUCUUUGAAAGACUUUUUAGAAAGUCUGAAAAGGUUUGAGUCUUGAGAACAAAUAUAAAGAAAUGAGGUCUGGCUUAAGACUUUUGCACAAUACUGUACAUAAAAAAUAAUACACAGAAGUGUAUUGAACAUUUUUCAUAAUAAAAGCCCUGUGACACAGGGACAUAUUUUAGUGCCAGCUCUGGAUGUGUCCUCWGGUCACAGAACAGUUGGCCGGAGGACACGGCACCUGAAGCGCUGAUGAAGCAGGAAGACAUUCAGGGAUCCGGAGCCUGCAGGUGCAUUUAUAUGCAGGUGCUGUGCUGGCUGCGGACGUGCCGGGGCCUGUCAGAGAAAGUCCGAGUGCUGCCACUGUUUCCUUUUAAGCUUUUUAACUCCUCUGACCUGUUCGGGCUCUGAAAACAGGCACUGAGGCACAGGCUGACGUCACGCUGCCUUAUUUUCUCGGGAGAGCAAAAACAGGCAUAUUUGAAGGAGGGACAAAAAAAACACCUUAUUAAACAGGAGUUUAGUGGCUUAGUARGAACUUAGUUGCACUGUAAGUGGGGGCGAAGGCUGAAGUGAAGGUUGGAGUGACGGAGCAGGAGAGGUUUUCCUGCUCCAGAAUAAGACUCUAAUAACAUAUUUGACAGUUAUAGCUCACAAACAUUUCACGAGUCACUGUCUAAAGAAUAUUGCCUUACUUGUCAGGCAGUGAUUAACAGAAGAACGGUGUCUUCUGCUGGAAGGCAUACCCGUCUGUCAGUCCCUCGGCGCUCAGCUCAUCAUAUCUUUACUUUGAAAGGCUCCCCUGAUGAUUGCUCAACCUAUCAACUCAGAGGUGUUGCCCUGAUUGCUGUUUGUCCAGCACAGCUUAUCACUAUAAGGCAAGAAUGUCCACCACAGCUGAAAAUGGGACAGGAGGGCCUSUGCACACAAACAGAGAGAAAACGUACAAGAAGACCACAUCAUCGGCCUUAAAGGGAGCCAUUCAGCUUGGGAUUGGCUACACAGUGGGCAACCUCACCUCAAAGCCGGACAGAGAUGUGCUUAUGCAAGACUUCUAUGUGGUGGAGAGCGUCUUUCUGCCCAGUGAAGGAAGCAACUUGACCCCGGCUCAUCACUACCCCGAYUUCCGUUUCAAGACGUACGCCCCGCUGGCCUUCCGCUACUUCAGAGACCUGUUUGGCAUCAAACCCGACGACUACCUGUACUCCCUCGUAAACGAGCCCCUGAUCGAGCUGACCAACCCGGGCGCCAGCGGCUCGCUCUUCUACCUGACCAGCGACGACGAGUUCAUCAUUAAAACUGUGCAGCACAAAGAGGCCAAGUUCCUGCAGAGGCUGCUGCCUGGAUACUACAUGAACCUGAACCAGAAUCCACGCACGCUCCUGCCAAAGUUUUACGGCCUGUACUGCAUCCAGUCGGGCGGCAUCAACAUCCGCCUGGUGGUGAUGAACAACGUGCUGCCGCGCUCCCUCAAAAUGCACUACAAAUACGACCUGAAGGGCUCCACCUACAAGAGGCGAGCAUCCAGGAAAGAGCGGGAGAAAGCCUGUCCGACGUACAAAGACCUGGACUUCCAGGACAUGCACGAGGAGGGGCUUUACUUUGACACCGAGAUGUACAACAACCUGAUGAAGACCCUGCARAGAGACUGUCGGGUGCUGGAAAGUUUUAAGAUCAUGGACUACAGUCUGCUGCUGGGUGUGCACGUCCUGGACCAGAGCCACAGGGAGGGGGCCGAGUCGGGCCAGGCUGGGGGUGACUGCCGGAGACCCAUAGGUCAGAGGGUGCUUUACUCCACCGCCAUGGAGUCCAUCCAAGGAGACGGCAAGGCCGCCGAAGCUGUCACCACUGACGACAC